AUGGCGUCCCACCCGACAUAUGAAGCGCAUGGACAACCCUAUGUGGACGAAAACACGUCGGUGACCGCCGAGAAGCAAGAUUCGAAAGGUGCUAAAGAUGUUUUCGGUGAAGAUGGUAUUCAUCAGAUUCAAUACAAGACACUCAGCUGGCAGGCUGUCAGCCUCCUCAUGAUAGCUGAAAUCGUCAGCAAUGGUAUCCUGUCUCUUCCAAGCGCACUAGCAGUCGUUGGCAUUGUGCCCGCUGUCAUUCUAAUCGUGUUUCUUGGUAUUUUUGGCCUGUACACUGCCAAGUUGCUCAUCGACUUCAAGUUGAAUCAUCCUAAUGUGCAUACUAUGGGCGAUGCUGGAUACAUUAUGUUCGGACCUGUGGCUCGGGAAGUGCUUGCCUUCGGAACUGUUUCUUUCGCUGUGUUUGGUUCGGGCUCUGGACUACUUUCCAGCCAGCAGGCACUGUCAACGCUUUCGAAUCAGGGCAUGUGUAGUAUGUAUCUGGUCAUCAUUACUGGCACCGUUGCUUUCUUGAUUUCACUACCACGGACACUGGAUCGCUUGGCAUGGAUGGGUGUUCUUAGUGCAGCAGUCAUUGCCGUAGCUGGUUUCAUUGCAAUGAUUGGAGCAGGGGUGAACCCAGUUCCCGGACGUUCUUUGACAAUAGCUGCCUCCAGUAACUUUUUCGAUGCUUUCUUGGCUGUCACAAAUCCUGUUUUUGCAUAUGCAGGACACUUCAUGUUCUUUAUUUUGAUAUCUGAGAUGCGUAAACCCGAGGACGCUAUAAAGGCAGCAUGGUGUCUACAGGGCUUCGCUACAGUAUUCUAUGUUGUUUUCAGCGUAGUCAUGUAUGUCUACAUUGGAAACACAGUCCAGUCCCCGGUCCUUUUUUCCCUUCCUCCGGUAUGGGCAAAGGCAGCGUUUGCCAUUGGUCUCCCAAAUUUCCUGUUCUCUUCCGGGCUAUACACUCAUACAGCUACAAAGCUGGUGUUUGUUCGCAUGUUUCGUCAUUCAGAGCACCUUCAUUCGCAUACCUUACUCGGGUGGACAGUUUGGACUCUGCUGUGUUUUGCAGGCUCAGCUAUGGCUGCGAUUCUUGCCAUCGCAGUCCCGAUAUUUUCCUACCUAAUCGGCAUCACGGCAGCCCUCUUUGCCGCAUGGUACACGUACGGUUUGGCCGGAUUCUUCUGGUUGCAUGACGCAUAUCAUCUCGAGGGUGGCAUGGACGGACUCAAACGACGACCAAUCGGGACAACACUCGCAGUGUUGACUGUUAUUUCCGGCACUUUCAUCUGUGUCGCUGGGACUUAUGUGUCGAUAAAGCUCAUCGCCGAAGCCUACGCCAAUGGCCAAGUUGGGAGACCGUUCGUUUGCUAG